GCCACCGGCCCAGGCGACCAACGGUCCGUUCCGCAGACCGUCUCCGAGCGGCCGUUGCCAUGUUCCGCAUCGAAGGGCUCGGGCCGAAGCUGGACCCUGAGGAGAUGAAGCGGAAGAUGCGCGAGGACGUGCUGGCCUCCGUCCGAAACUUCCUUCUCUACGUAGCCUUGCUGCGAGUCACUCCCUACAUCUUAAAGAAGUUGGACAGUAUAUGAAGAUGCAAGAGGAAGGCAGCACUGCCAUUGAGAAACCAUGGAAUGAAGAAUCUGAUCACAGUUUUUACUCGUGUGUAAUAACGAGCGGGCCCACAAAGACAGUAGAAACUUCCCGAAAUAGCAAACAAUACUUGCUUAAAAGUUUGGCUUUCCAAAAAGUGAAAACAGCUGAAGUCUUGACACUUAAAAUUAUGUAAUGCUUCCCUGUUUGUGUCGUACAGUCAACUCUCAUAUUGGUAUGCCUGUGAUAAUGUAUCAGAUUUGGUUGGAAGCCCGUUCUCAGCGCGACGGUAUCGCUUUUUGUGGUAAAGCUACCUCUGCUUAAAUGGAUCUCCUGUUUCUCCAAAAUGUGUACUGUGAAGAGACUGUUGAGUUUUAGGAUUUGUUUUAUCAGGGCUUCUUGCAAUAGACAUUACAUUAUCGAUACAAAUGUGGUUAAGUCUUUUUAAUAAAUUUCUCUGCUCCCCUC